CGAGAGAGCUGUAGUAUAUUAGUAUUUAUUUAAUUAAUUACUACUAUUUUUACGAUAGUAUUGCUAACGUUUUAAUGUAAAAGUUGUUAUAGUGUUAUAAAGUUCCUAGUUUAAAUCAAAUUUUAUAAAAAUGCAAAAUCCAGAAGAGGAUACUGAGUGGAAUGACAUUCUCAGGGCAAAAGGAAUCAUUCCUGAAAAGAAAAAAGAUGCAGAGGUUACUGAAGAACAACUAGUUCAGAUGUUGGAAAAUACAAUCUGUGAAAAAACUGGAAAAGUACAAGUAAAUUUAGAGGAUAAAACUUUGGAUGAGCUAGAUGAACUUGAGGAUGAGGAGGAUGAGAGGAUAUUACUUGAGUAUCGCAACAAGAGAAUAGCUGAAAUUCAGGAGUAUGCCAAAAAAGCAAAGUAUGGAGAUGUCAGGGAGAUAUCUGCACAAGAUUACGUUCUAGAAGUUAAUCAAGCUGGCGAAGAUGUUUGGGUGGUCUUGCAUUUGUAUAAAUCCGGGAUACCUUUGUGCACACUAGUCAACCAGCAUUUGUCAUCAUUGGCAAAAAAAUUUCCAAUGACCAAGUUUUUAAAGAGUAUAUCAAAUACAUGCAUUCCCAAUUAUCCUGAUGCCAACUUGCCCACAAUAUUCAUCUAUAAGGAUGGGAGUAUGGAAAAACAGCUUGUUGGUCCUAUUGAAUUAAGAGGCAUGAAGCUCACAGAGCCAGAAUUGGAAUGGAUGUUGGGAAAAGUUGGAGCUGUGCCCACAAAAAUUAAAAACGAUCCCAAGCCAAAGGUGCGAGAUGUACUCUUUGCGAAAUUGGGGGUGGACAAAGAUUGCAAUGACGAUCUCUCUGAUGAUAAUGACUGGUAGCCUGGGAAACAUACCGUCAUGCAGAUUUUAUUGAGUGUUAUUGAAAAGAAAAAUCAAUUUUGUUUCCUAAAGUUUUAAUCAUAGCAUUACGCUAAUUGUUUCUGUACUAAUAAAGUAUUUGUUUUUGUAUGUAUACAUUAACUCGAUCUAUUUAAAAGACUA